AUGCCCCUAGGCGCUCUUUCUGCCCCCAGGGUCCGUAUAGUGACAGUUCUACCUGGGGCCUUCCCAUUUGCCCUACCAUAUGCGACGGCUUCAGGGGCUCUCCGAGGGGAGUUGGUGCUCCCAGGGUACUUACAAGGGGCCCUGUCAGGGGCUGUGGUUCCCCCAGUGGCCCUACCAAGGAUGGUGGCGCCGUCACAGACCCUCCCAGAGGCGGUUGCUCCCCAAAGGACCCUCCUAAGGGCUACCUCGCCCCCAAAUUCUAUCCCAGAGGCGACGGAGCCCUCUGGGGCCCUCCCUGGGGAAACUGCGCCCAAAGGAGCCCACUUCGGGGCGACGCCGCCCCCAGGGGAAUUCCCAGAGGUAGCGGCGCUCCCAGGGCACCACCCAGGAGUAACGGUGCCCCCAAGGGCUAACCCAAGGAUGGUGGCGUACUUAGGGGCUCUCCCAGGGGAGGUGGCGCCCACAGAGGCCCUCCCAGCUGCAGCCGCGUCCUCAGUGGACCUCUCAGGACUGGUUACACCCUGA